UUGCUGAUUACAACAUCCAAAAGGAGUCCACCCUUCACCUUGUCCUUCGCCUUCGUGGUGGUAUGCAGAUCUUUGUAAAGACACUUACUGGAAAGACCAUCACCCUUGAAGUUGAAAGUUCAGAUACAAUUGACAACGUGAAAGCCAAAAUUCAGGAUAAGGAAGGGAUUCCUCCAGACCAGCAGAGACUGAUCUUUGCCGGCAAGCAACUUGAGGAUGGAAGGACCCUGGCUGAUUACAAUAUUCAGAAAGAGUCUACCUUACAUCUUGUUCUUCGUCUGAGGGGUGGCAUGCAAAUAUUUGUUAAGACAUUGACAGGGAAGACAAUUACUUUGGAGGUUGAGAGUUCAGAUACUAUCGACAAUGUUAAAGCAAAGAUCCAAGACAAGGAGGGUAUUCCUCCAGACCAGCAGAGAUUGAUCUUUGCUGGAAAGCAACUUGAGGAUGGAAGGACCUUGGCGGAUUACAACAUUCAGAAAGAAUCAACCCUGCACCUUGUUCUUCGCCUUAGAGGUGGCAUGCAAAUUUUUGUCAAGACUUUGACGGGGAAGACAAUUACUUUGGAGGUUGAGAGUUCAGAUACCAUUGACAACGUCAAAGCAAAGAUUCAAGACAAGGAGGGUAUUCCCCCAGACCAGCAGAGAUUGAUCUUUGCUGGAAAGCAACUUGAGGAUGGAAGGACCUUGGCAGAUUACAACAUUCAGAAAGAAUCAACCCUGCACCUUGUUCUUCGCCUUAGAGGUGGUAUGCAAAUUUUUGUCAAGACUUUGACUGGGAAGACAAUUACUUUGGAGGUUGAGAGUUCAGAUACCAUUGAUAACGUCAAAGCAAAGAUUCAAGACAAGGAGGGUAUUCCCCCAGACCAGCAGCGUUUGAUCUUUGCUGGUAAACAACUUGAGGACGGGAGGACUCUUGCAGACUAUAACAUCCAGAAGGAGUCAACUCUCCAUUUGGUGUUGCGUUUGAGAGGGGGGAUGCAGAUCUUUGUGAAGACUCUGACUGGGAAGACAAUCACAUUGGAGGUGGAGAGCUCUGAUACUAUUGACAAUGUGAAAGCAAAGAUACAGGACAAGGAAGGGAUCCCACCAGAUCAACAGAGGCUUAUCUUUGCUGGUAAGCAGCUUGAGGAUGGCCGCACCCUUGCAGACUACAAUAUCCAGAAAGAGUCUACUCUUCAUCUUGUCCUCAGGCUCCGCGGUGGGGACUACUGAAUGUCCUGUGUGCUGCUCUGAUUUCAUGAUGGCUGUGUGCUUUGUUGUUUUAUUUCAAGACUUUUUAGCGUUUUUCGUUAUAGUUCUUUCUUUUAAGAGACCUUGUAAUGUGUUAUGUUCUGUUGUUUUUGCUGCAACCUAAAUAAAUAAGAUUAGCCGAUAAA